AUGGAGCAAGGUCGGACCCAAGAUUUGUCAUGCGCCAUGCAAGGGGCCCUGUCAUGCGCCAUGCAAGGGGCCCUGUCAUGCGCCAUGCAAGGGGCCCUGUCAUGCGCCAUGAGGGGGCAAGGGGCCCUGUCAUGCGCCAUGCAAGGGGCCCUGUCAUGCGCCAUGCAAGGGGCCCUGUCAUGCGCCAUGCAAGGGGCCCUGUCAUGCGCCAUGCAAGGGGCCCUGUCAUGCGCCAUGCAAGGGGCCCUGUCAUGCGCCAUGCAAGGGGCCCUGUCAUGCGCCAUGCAAGGGGCCCUGUCAUGCGCCAUGCAAGGGGCCCUGUCAUGCGCCAUGCAAGGGGCCCUGUCAUGCGCCAUGCAAGGGGCCCUGUCAUGCGCCAUGCAAGGGGCCCUGUCAUGCGCCAUGCAAGGGGCCCUGUCAUGCGCCAUGCAAGGGGCCCUGUCAUGCGCCAUGCAAGGGGCCCUGUCAUGCGCCAUGCAAGGGGCCCUGUCAUGCGCCAUGCAAGGGGCCCUGUCAUGCGCCAUGCAAGGGGCCCUGUCAUGCGCCAUGCAAGGGGCCCUGUCAUGCGCCAUGCAAGGGGCCCUGUCAUGCGCCAUGCAAGGGGCCCUGUCAUGCGCCAUGCAAGGGGCCCUGUCAUGCGCCAUGCAAGGGGCCCUGUCAUGCGCCAUGCAAGGGGCCCUGUCAUGCGCCAUGCAAGGGGCCCUGUCAUGCGCCAUGCAAGGGGCCCUGUCAUGCGCCAUGCAAGGGGCCCUGUCAUGCGCCAUGCAAGGGGCCCUGUCAUGCGCCAUGCAAGGGGCCCUGUCAUGCGCCAUGCAAGGGGCCCUGUCAUGCGCCAUGCAAGGGGCCCUGUCAUGCGCCAUGCAAGGGGCCCUGUCAUGCGCCAUGCAAGGGGCCCUGUCAUGCGCCAUGCAAGGGGCCCUGUCAUGCGCCAUGCAAGGGGCCCUGUCAUGCGCCAUGCAAGGGGCCCUGUCAUGCGCCAUGCAAGGGGCCCUGUCAUGCGCCAUGCAAGGGGCCCUGUCAUGCGCCAUGCAAGGGGCCCUGUCAUGCGCCAUGCAAGGGGCCCUGUCAUGCGCCAUGCAAGGGGCCCUGUCAUGCGCCAUGCAAGGGGCCCUGUCAUGCGCCAUGCAAGGGGCCCUGUCAUGCGCCAUGCAAGGGGCCCUGUCAUGCGCCAUGCAAGGGGCCCUGUCAUGCGCCAUGCAAGGGGCCCUGUCAUGCGCCAUGCAAGGGGCCCUGUCAUGCGCCAUGCAAGGGGCCCUGUCAUGCGCCAUGCAAGGGGCCCUGUCAUGCGCCAUGCAAGGGGCCCUGUCAUGCGCCAUGCAAGGGGCCCUGUCAUGCGCCAUGCAAGGGGCCCUGUCAUGCGCCAUGCAAGGGGCCCUGUCAUGCGCCAUGCAAGGGGCCCUGUCAUGCGCCAUGCAAGGGGCCCUGUCAUGCGCCAUGCAAGGGGCCCUGUCAUGCGCCAUGCAAGGGGCCCUGUCAUGCGCCAUGCAAGGGGCCCUGUCAUGCGCCAUGCAAGGGGCCCUGUCAUGCGCCAUGCAAGGGGCCCUGUCAUGCGCCAUGCAAGGGGCCCUGUCAUGCGCCAUGCAAGGGGCCCUGUCAUGCGCCAUGCAAGGGGCCCUGUCAUGCGCCAUGCAAGGGGCCCUGUCAUGCGCCAUGCAAGGGGCCCUGUCAUGCGCCAUGCAAGGGGCCCUGUCAUGCGCCAUGCAAGGGGCCCUGUCAUGCGCCAUGCAAGGGGCCCUGUCAUGCGCCAUGCAAGGGGCCCUGUCAUGCGCCAUGCAAGGGGCCCUGUCAUGCGCCAUGCAAGGGGCCCUGUCAUGCGCCAUGCAAGGGGCCCUGUCAUGCGCCAUGCAAGGGGCCCUGUCAUGCGCCAUGCAAGGGGCCCUGUCAUGCGCCAUGCAAGGGGCCCUGUCAUGCGCCAUGCAAGGGGCCCUGUCAUGCGCCAUGCAAGGGGCCCUGUCAUGCGCCAUGCAAGGGGCCCUGUCAUGCGCCAUGCAAGGGGCCCUGUCAUGCGCCAUGCAAGGGGCCCUGUCAUGCGCCAUGCAAGGGGCCCUGUCAUGCGCCAUGCAAGGGGCCCUGUCAUGCGCCAUGCAAGGGGCCCUGUCAUGCGCCAUGCAAGGGGCCCUGUCAUGCGCCAUGCAAGGGGCCCUGUCAUGCGCCAUGCAAGGGGCCCUGUCAUGCGCCAUGCAAGGGGCCCUGUCAUGCGCCAUGCAAGGGGCCCUGUCAUGCGCCAUGCAAGGGGCCCUGUCAUGCGCCAUGCAAGGGGCCCUGUCAUGCGCCAUGCAAGGGGCCCUGUCAUGCGCCAUGCAAGGGGCCCUGUCAUGCGCCAUGCAAGGGGCCCUGUCAUGCGCCAUGCAAGGGGCCCUGUCAUGCGCCAUGCAAGGGGCCCUGUCAUGCGCCAUGCAAGGGGCCCUGUCAUGCGCCAUGCAAGGGGCCCUGUCAUGCGCCAUGCAAGGGGCCCUGUCAUGCGCCAUGCAAGGGGCCCUGUCAUGCGCCAUGCAAGGGGCCCUGUCAUGCGCCAUGCAAGGGGCCCUGUCAUGCGCCAUGCAAGGGGCCCUGUCAUGCGCCAUGCAAGGGGCCCUGUCAUGCGCCAUGCAAGGGGCCCUGUCAUGCGCCAUGCAAGGGGCCCUGUCAUGCGCCAUGCAAGGGGCCCUGUCAUGCGCCAUGCAAGGGGCCCUGUCAUGCGCCAUGCAAGGGGCCCUGUCAUGCGCCAUGCAAGGGGCCCUGUCAUGCGCCAUGCAAGGGGCCCUGUCAUGCGCCAUGCAAGGGGCCCUGUCAUGCGCCAUGCAAGGGGCCCUGUCAUGCGCCAUGCAAGGGGCCCUGUCAUGCGCCAUGCAAGGGGCCCUGUCAUGCGCCAUGCAAGGGGCCCUGUCAUGCGCCAUGCAAGGGGCCCUGUCAUGCGCCAUGCAAGGGGCCCUGUCAUGCGCCAUGCAAGGGGCCCUGUCAUGCGCCAUGCAAGGGGCCCUGUCAUGCGCCAUGCAAGGGGCCCUGUCAUGCGCCAUGCAAGGGGCCCUGUCAUGCGCCAUGCAAGGGGCCCUGUCAUGCGCCAUGCAAGGGGCCCUGUCAUGCGCCAUGCAAGGGGCCCUGUCAUGCGCCAUGCAAGGGGCCCUGUCAUGCGCCAUGCAAGGGGCCCUGUCAUGCGCCAUGCAAGGGGCCCUGUCAUGCGCCAUGCAAGGGGCCCUGUCAUGCGCCAUGCAAGGGGCCCUGUCAUGCGCCAUGCAAGGGGCCCUGUCAUGCGCCAUGCAAGGGGCCCUGUCAUGCGCCAUGCAAGGGGCCCUGUCAUGCGCCAUGCAAGGGGCCCUGUCAUGCGCCAUGCAAGGGGCCCUGUCAUGCGCCAUGCAAGGGGCCCUGUCAUGCGCCAUGCAAGGGGCCCUGUCAUGCGCCAUGCAAGGGGCCCUGUCAUGCGCCAUGCAAGGGGCCCUGUCAUGCGCCAUGCAAGGGGCCCUGUCAUGCGCCAUGCAAGGGGCCCUGUCAUGCGCCAUGCAAGGGGCCCUGUCAUGCGCCAUGCAAGGGGCCCUGUCAUGCGCCAUGCAAGGGGCCCUGUCAUGCGCCAUGCAAGGGGCCCUGUCAUGCGCCAUGCAAGGGGCCCUGUCAUGCGCCAUGCAAGGGGCCCUGUCAUGCGCCAUGCAAGGGGCCCUGUCAUGCGCCAUGCAAGGGGCCCUGUCAUGCGCCAUGCAAGGGGCCCUGUCAUGCGCCAUGCAAGGGGCCCUGUCAUGCGCCAUGCAAGGGGCCCUGUCAUGCGCCAUGCAAGGGGCCCUGUCAUGCGCCAUGCAAGGGGCCCUGUCAUGCGCCAUGCAAGGGGCCCUGUCAUGCGCCAUGCAAGGGGCCCUGUCAUGCGCCAUGCAAGGGGCCCUGUCAUGCGCCAUGCAAGGGGCCCUGUCAUGCGCCAUGCAAGGGGCCCUGUCAUGCGCCAUGCAAGGGGCCCUGUCAUGCGCCAUGCAAGGGGCCCUGUCAUGCGCCAUGCAAGGGGCCCUGUCAUGCGCCAUGCAAGGGGCCCUGUCAUGCGCCAUGCAAGGGGCCCUGUCAUGCGCCAUGCAAGGGGCCCUGUCAUGCGCCAUGCAAGGGGCCCUGUCAUGCGCCAUGCAAGGGGCCCUGUCAUGCGCCAUGCAAGGGGCCCUGUCAUGCGCCAUGCAAGGGGCCCUGUCAUGCGCCAUGCAAGGGGCCCUGUCAUGCGCCAUGCAAGGGGCCCUGUCAUGCGCCAUGCAAGGGGCCCUGUCAUGCGCCAUGCAAGGGGCCCUGUCAUGCGCCAUGCAAGGGGCCCUGUCAUGCGCCAUGCAAGGGGCCCUGUCAUGCGCCAUGCAAGGGGCCCUGUCAUGCGCCAUGCAAGGGGCCCUGUCAUGCGCCAUGCAAGGGGCCCUGUCAUGCGCCAUGCAAGGGGCCCUGUCAUGCGCCAUGCAAGGGGCCCUGUCAUGCGCCAUGCAAGGGGCCCUGUCAUGCGCCAUGCAAGGGGCCCUGUCAUGCGCCAUGCAAGGGGCCCUGUCAUGCGCCAUGCAAGGGGCCCUGUCAUGCGCCAUGCAAGGGGCCCUGUCAUGCGCCAUGGUAGGAAUCCUGCUUGGGACGGUGAGAAGCGGAUGCAGGGGAAUGGGGUUCCAAUGGGGGCUAGGCCUGCCUAUACUCAACAAUGCCCUGACAGCCUCACAGCCUCGCCUCCUCUGUAAUCACACCCUCACCUGUCCUAUAAUCACAACCCUCGCUUUCUCCAUAGGGCACCGAUUCAGCGCCUCGAACACCGAAGCAGCAGGAGGAAACACGCGCUCCUUCCGCGAAACUUCCUCGUCCAGAAACGCCUGGAGCCGCCGCAUGUACGGCUCGUCGAACUCCCGUCCAAGCGCUGCGGCCCAGGACGGCUCGCGCAGCAGCGAACUUAGCGGCGGGAACUUCCCCGCUUGCGCGCCAGCCGCCGCAUCCGCGGGCGGCGUCGGCGGAGUGAGCGGGACGCCGUUGCGGUUUCCCCCGCUUGCGCUUGCGCUGGCUACCAGGGAGGGAGCCUGCGCGGGGGUGACGCUCUUGGCGGCGAAGCCAGGCGGAGAUUUGGCGCGCGGAGACCUAGGCGGGGAAGACUGGGCGGGGUUUAUCCGGGGAAGGCUGUCGCUGUCGCUGUUAGGAUUCGCGUCCGAGGAAGGGGAGGGAGCGGGGUUGUUUCCCCGUGGCGGGGACGUCCCGUUCGCGCGCAUUCGCUUGGGCGCGGAAAAGAACGCAGCGAGCGUGGCUUGGCGGGGCUUGCGCGCAGCCAUUGCGGGGAAGAGGGAGGCGGAAGAGGUGAAGGGGACCGCGAAGCGCGGGGCGGUGAGAGUGCUGACUUUACCGCGCAGAUGA